AUGCCCGCCGGUACCUGUCCGGUGACCGAGUCAAGCCUGAUGUCAACCGGCACUCCUACAGUGAACCCGCCGGUGAUCCUUCCUGUGAUGUCAGCCGGCAUCCAACGAAUUACGAAGCCUAUUCCAAAGAUCGAGAAGUAUCCAACCAAGAAGCUACCUCCAACGACAGCUGGAACCCUUCCGGCAUUCAAGCGAAUCCAGAGCAAGGAAGAACGAGUCCCAAGUCCGAAGAUAGCCGGAACCCGUCCGGUGAUCAGAGAACCUCCCAAGAAGAAGUGGAUCGUGGUGUUCUCGACGGUGAACCAACCACCACUGGAUCCGACGCCGGUCAGUCCGACUGGUGAAUCCAAACAGCUCCAUUCCGGCACAAGGCCGAGGAAGCCUCCCGAUGAACCAUCCAAGCUAUCCCGGCCCAGCGAAGCCAUCCCAGAGCGCGUGUCCCGAACGCGUCCACCCAACGACCCGAAGAAAGACGAGCCAGACGCCACAGGUGAGCAAGCAUUCGAUCUGUGGUGUGUGAAUUCCCUAUCCUGGCUUUGA